AUGAUGGACCUGUACCUCCCCCUCUCCUCCCCCAUGAUGGACCUGUACCUCCCCCUCUCCUCCCCAAUGAUGGGCCUGUACCUCCCCCUCUCCUCCCCCAUGAUGGACCUGUACCUCCCCCUCUCCUCCCCCAUGAUGGACCUGUACCUCCCCCUCUCCUCCCCCAUGAUGGGUCUGUACCUCCCCCUCUCCUCCCCCAUGAUGGACCUGUACCUCCCCCUCUCCUCCCCCAUGAUGGACCUGAACCUCCCCCUCUCCUCCCCCCAUGAUGGACCUGUACCUCCCCCUCUCCUCCCCCAUGAUGGUACCUGUACCUCCCCCUCUCCUCUCCCCCCAUGA